AUGAAGCUCCAAGCUGCAAAAAAUUUCUUGUGGAAAGACGAUGAAAUGGAGGAGGGGUAUUACAAAGACCAACUUCAUAAGAUGAGGUAUGAGCUACGUAGAAAGGAAGGCUAUAGUGAGGUUGUGAAGGCUCAAAAGAAAGUGGUUCAAUUGGAGCAAGCUAGGGAUGAACUGCAGGACUUGAGGGAAGCUAAGAAGGAAGUUUUCGAGAUAGAGUUAAUGGAGUUAAAUAAGAAAAAUGAAAUCAUGAACACUUACAUGGGAUAUGCUAAGUGUUUGAUCAUUGUUUUGUUCAUUACAAUCAUUAGGAUAUGGUUGAAAUGCGCCUGA